AUGUGUGGUAACUUCAACAACCAAACUGCAGACGAUUAUCUGAUGUCAAAUGGACAUUUGGCGGUCAACGACAGCCAGUUUGGGAACAGCUGGAAAACAGCUGGAGAUGGUGAUGUCGGCUGCCAGCCGGAUAACCGCCCAGACCUGAACCCCAGCUGCUCCAUCCAGGACCUGGAGCGCCUGAGUGCCUUGUGCCUGGAGAUCAUGGCGCCCAAGUACCAAGCUUGCCACUCCCUCAUCGACCCGAAGCUUUUCUUCCAGAACUGCCUUUACGACAUGUGUCAGUACCAGGGCAUGACGUCCGUCCUCUGCGACAACAUCCAGUCCUACGUGGAGGCCUGCAAGAGCCACGGCGUGACCGACAUCUCCUGGAGAAACAGCACCUUCUGCCCUCUUCCCUGCCCUCCAAACAGCCACUUCUCCGAAUGCGCCUCGCCCUGUCCGGCCACCUGCUCCAACCUCUAUGCGCCUGCCAGCUGCCACCACCCCGCACCCUGCGUGGAGGGCUGCGCCUGCAACCGAGGCUACGUGCUCAGCGACCUCACCUGUGUCCCGAUGCGGGAGUGUGGGUGCCGGGGCCCUCAGCAGGAAUACCACAAUUCUGGAGACACCUGGGUGACGAGCGGCUGCCAGCAACACUGCACCUGCCUGAGUGGGCAAAUUGACUGCCAGGCUUUCGGCUGCCAGACGGGGUCCCAGUGCACCACCAGCAACGAGGGCCUUCACUACUGCCGGCCCACCACAUUCCAUCAGUGUGUGAUCUCGGGGGACCCCCACUACCGCACCUUCGACAACUUCGUUCACCACUUCCAAGGCCGAUGCACCUACACCUUGACUCGGACGCUGGGGCGAGUCCCCGAGGGGCUGGAACCCCUCUCCGUGGCCGGCCGGAACCACCGCCGAUCCAUCCUCCACCGCGUCUCCUUCCUGCGUGAAGUCUACGUGGAGGUGCUGGGCUUCCGCGUCACCCUGAUGCAGGGACGCAAGAUGGCGGUCAACGGCGUGAUGGUCACUCCUCCCUACUCCCCCACGGAAGGGCUCCAGAUCACCCAGAGGGGCCGCAGACUGAUUUUGCAGACCAAUUUUGGCUUCUCGAUCUCGUAUGACGGCCGCAAUGCUGCCGAGAUUGUCCUGCCCAGCACCUACCAGCAGCGGGUUGGCGGCCUCUGCGGGAAUUACGAUGGCCGUCGCAAUAACGAGUACAUGAAGCCAGACGGGACGCGGGCUCGGACACUCAACGCCUUUGGCAACAGCUGGCAGGUUUCGGUCAAGAGGAUGGAGCCGGACAGAGGCAGCGGGAACCUCGGCCCCGCCAGAGUCAGGCGUCAGGAGCCGGAAGAAGAGCCCGAAUCGGGGUUCGAGGAGGACUGCAGCCCAGAGCAGCUGGCCUUCGUCAACGGGACAAAGGCCUGCGGGGCAUUGUCGGACCCCAGCGGCCCCUUCUCAGCCUGCCACGCCGUGGUGUCCCCUGCCCCUUUCCAAGAGAGCUGCGUCUAUGAUCUGUGCGCCUUGUUUAACGACACGGAGCUCCUGUGCCAAGACCUGGAGGCCUAUGCCCAGCUGUGCCAGGAGCAGAAGGUGGACCUGGGGCCGUGGCGGCAGAAGAUCGGCUGCUGUGAGUACCCCAGGCCCUGGCACGGCCGGGGGGUGGGGGGGGCUGUGCUGAACUGCCUGCUUGGGGGCACAAGACGCCCCUUCUUGAGAAGAAAGCCUGAUUUGCGUCUGUCUCUCUCUCUCUCCCUCUCUCCCCCCACAGCAACGGAGUGCCCAGCCCACACCAGCUACCAGCCCUGCAUGACUGCCUGCCCUGCAAGCUGUGCCAACCUGGCUGCCCAGUCCAGCUGCGAGGCCUCUUGCGUGGAGGGCUGUGCCAGCGACCCCGGCUACGUCCUCAGCGGGCUGGUCAGCGUCCCUUACAACCAGUGCGGCUGCUUCAACCACGGCCAGUAUUACCAGAUCAACGAGACUUUCGUGACGGAGGACUGCUCCCAGCGAUGCACCUGCCGGGCCACGGACGUCCUGGACUGCUCGUCGGUCGGAUGUGGCUCAGGGGAGAUCUGCGCCGUGUUCGACUACGUCCGCGGCUGCUUCCAAGACAACGCCUGUCUCAGCAGCCCCUGCCAGAACGAGGGGAGGUGCCAGGUGACUCCGGGGGGCUUCCGGUGCCUCUGCCUCGAGGGCUACGUCGGGUCCCUCUGUGAGGAUUCCCCGCUGGAGGAAACCAGCCCCUCCAGUACCCCCCAGACCCUGCCGGAGGUCAGCCAGACGACUAAUGCAGGGAACCCCAAUGGACCCGACUUGCUGGCCAUCCUGCUGGGCAUCUUCAUCCCCCUGGCCGUCCUCCUCCUCCUGACCUUGAUCAUCCUCUGCGUCUGUCGGCACCGGAACCAAGGCACCGCCGGCCGGUCCGUCACUGUUCCUUGCGUGGCCCCACGAGCCAGAUCUAAGCACCUCGCGGGGCAGGAAGAGACCCGCAAUCAACUGCCCAAGCCUGAUGUGGCACAAGGACUGAACCGCAAGGCCUUCGUCCUGUUUCCGCGUCAGACAGGCCUCGGCCGGGGCAUUGUGAGAGACGCCCACCGGGCAGGGGAGAAGCCUCCUGUGCGCUACUAA